AUGGUGCCUCUUUUCAGCUUUGUGCUCACUCCCGAUUACGCCUUAUCGCAACUCCUCUCCACUAUACAACCCUCAACUUCGUCCUUCACAACUCUUCUCCAUUCUACUCCAAUCCCCUAUACUCCAUGGUUUUGCACUCGUCGUUACUUCUCUUUACUCCACUCCUCUUUAGCCAGUUAUGCUCAACUCUACUCAGCUCCCCUAGAUUCUGCUCAAUUUCUCCCUACACCUCUCCAAGGCAAAGUAUGA